GUGGGGGCGUGCGGCACGGACCGCAGCCAGGUCAGGUGACAGUUUUCUCAGCAAGCAGCGGUGCUCACUGGCGUGUGUCCCAACCUGUCUGUAUCACUGCCUGCUCCACACAAGCUCCGUCACUAUCAGCCAGCCAGCCAGCCAGCCAGUCUCGUCUCGUCGCGCCUCACGACCAAACAUCUGAACCUCCUGUCCCACAAACUCCGACAUGGCAACCAAGGAAGACUUGCAGAGGUAUGAAGCCUUCUUUGAAGCCGCUGAUACUGACAAGAGCGGUUGUCUCUCCAUCCAAGAGCUGAAGAAUUGUCUUGCAGGCUCCGGAUUCGACGAUCAGACCAUCAUAGACAUGUUCGUGGAGUUCGAUAAAGACGGUGACCGUAAAGUGACAAAGAAAGAAUAUAUGACAGCGCUGGGAAAACUGCCCCCGUCCCGACUCGAUGAAGCCAAACUUCGGAAAGCAUUCAAGGAUCUGGACUCUGACAACAGUGGAACCCUUGAUGCCGGUGAAAUAAAAAAAGCUUUGAGUUCAUGCGGCACAAAAAUCACUGAUGAAACUGCAACGGCUAUCAUCAAACAGGUUGACACCGACGGCGAUGGAAAAGUCAACGUGAAGGAGUUCCUGGCUGUCUUCCGCAGCCAGAGUUAGCCAAGCCUCCGCAUCCCGCUCACUGGCAGCUUGACCUUCACUCGAAGGUUUUUAAUGUACAAUUUGGUCAUAGCAUAGACAGUUUCAUAAUCUUUCUAAUAGUGGCUUCGACUGUCAGUCUCCAAAGUACACGUUUAGUGUCCAUGUUUAACUGUCCAUAUGAAUCCUACAUUGUGAACACACGAGUUAACGGGGCGAUGGGGUAGCCUAGCGUUGGCUAUCAUGCCGAAGACCCGGGUUCGAUUCUCCACAUGAGUACAGCGUGUGAAGCUACUUGAUAUUGCCCAGCCUUACAUGACGCAAUAUAUAAUACUAAAAUCGGCGCAAGAUCUCCGUCCCCGACCACAUAGUAUUAAAUGCACCUUUCACUUCCGUUACCCAUUCACCUGUACACAGAGGUUAUCAUGCGAUGUGCUUUGGGUCGGUAAAUAUCCUGAAUUAAGAAUAAACAUUUUAUUUAGCAAGCAUAAAAUCGCAGGAGUGAUAACCUCUUUAUCAUACAUAUGUCAUUCCUAAGUUCUAUUGGAGAAAAGGGUAUUUUCAUCUCGCACAAACGGUACCUAAAAAUUGCAUUUUUCCUGGAUUGUGCGCAUUAAUAUAUUACGUCACAAAGUCGGUAAUUAGUCAGUUGGACAGUGACAGCGUGUAGUAUAGUUCCACUUGAAAGUUGUUUUCAGACACUGAUUGUUGAUGUUUUGUUAACGAUAUUUGAGCAUCGUAUUAUAAGGUAACAGUAUGAUCGUUUGAAAAAUAACUACUUGUGGUUUGUUUCGGUAUAAAUUGGCCGGGAGAUAAGGGCGAAUCUAUGUAAGCACUGAAAGUUGUACUACCUGACCUUUCAUAUUUGAAUACGUAAAUAUAAGAAACUUGUUUGUGUACAGAGCGUACAGCAUGUUUUUUUUUCUGAAUCGUCACUGUCGGGACAUAUUUGGAGAAAGUGGACCCAUCAAUGUUGAACUGUUAAAAUCGUCUGUCAGCUACUGUCAAAUGUCUAUGUAAGCCUGCUUGUGUAUUAACUGUAGACAAGUUCAGAAACUAUUGUUUUUGCUUCAUUUAAUUACCACUUUGUAUUACAGAAAAGAGAAACAAUAAAUAACAUUAAGUUGG